UAUGGUAUUAUGAUAUAUGUACAUACUCAAAUGUUAUUAGUCAUUGUUCAUCGCUCAUCACAAUCUUGAAUCGUGUGUACGUGAUUUUUUACAAAUGCUGUAAAAUAUUAAUUGAAACAAAAAGUUUUAUGCAGGAUUUAAUAAUUAAGUAAACAAUUUAUUUUAUUCUUUAUGGUACAUAUCAGAAUAAUAAUAUUUGUAAAGAUCUAUUGUAAUAUUUAAUUAUGGAGAACGUAUUAAUUGAACCUGAUGUUGCCGGUGUCGUUAAAAAAUUGUCAAGUAUUAUUGAGAAGCAUGCUAAUGAUGCAAUAAAUACCGACGAUGUCUUCAAAAUUGGCUUAUCUGGAGGAUCAUUAAUUAAAUUUUUAGCUGAAGGUUUGCCAGAAAUAACAACUGAUUGGUCUAAAUGGAGAUUUUUUUUUUGUGAUGAAAGAAUUGUACCUUUUGAUAAUGAAGAAUCAACUUAUGGUCAAUAUAAAGCUAGUUUGAUUGGUAAAAUUCCAAUUACUGAAGACCAAUUUAUUACUAUUGAUACUGAACAUUCAGCUGUUGAAGCGGCAAAUGACUACAUCAUGAAGAUGUCCGUAUACUUUCCACCAGACAGUCUACCACGUUUCGACAUGCUUCUGUUAGGAGUUGGACCCGAUGGACAUACUUGUUCCCUGUUUCCUGGGCAUCGUUUGCUGGAAGAGACAAUUAGGUGGGUUUGUCCCAUAAACGACUCUCCAAAACCACCACCUUCAAGAAUAACUCUCACAUUUCCGGUGAUUAAUAAUUCUAAGGCUUGUGUCUUUGCUGUUGCUGGAGCAAGUAAAGCUGAUAUAAUAAAGCGUGUACUAAAACUGAAAGAAAAUUUGCCUGCUGGUCGGGUGAAUCCAACUAAUGGCUCUCUAUACUGGAUCGUUGAUCAAGAAGCUGCUAAAGGCCUGGACAAAUAGACUGGAAUGUUUUUAAUAUUUUUGUAUGCAUUAAUUAUUAAUUAAUAUUUAAAUAUUACUAAUUAUUGAUAACUGAUAAUAAUUAUUAAAUAAAAAUUAACAUUCCUAAA